AUGAUAAUAACGAUUAUGAUAGUGGAGGUAGAAACUUACUACUACUACUACUACUACUACCAUACUGCUACUACAAAACAUACUAGCUAUAUGAGUUUGCGUAAUAGAUAAUAGUCGUUAACGCUGUCUCCUUCCUCGGAGUUGAGGUACCGAGGUUUUCGAAACACAAAACGACUUUUCUUGUUUCGAACACAAAACGACUUUUCUUGACCGUGCCAUGAGGCAGACAGAAGGAAGUGAUAAUGCUUUUGUAAAUCCAGUCUAUUUAUCUCGUAAUGUUAACCGUAUAAGACAGAAAGAUAGACCUGUUGAACCUAAUUCAUUGGAUUUUGAAUUGGUAGUUGAUCACAUUCCGAAUGAAUUCCUCCAGAAAGAUAUUAUUCUAGAUGAUGCAAGACACUUAGUAUUUGCCACUGCAGACCAACUUGCCUUGUUGAAGAAGGCAAGGACAUGGUAUUUAGAUGCCACAUUUCGUGUAGUACGAGCCCCGUUUCAACAGCUAUUUGGAGUCCAUGCCUUCGUUAAGGGAAGCGAAGGUAAUGUAAAACAAGUCCCCUUAGCUUUCAUCCUUAUGUCAGGGAAAAGAAAGAGAGACUACAGAAAGGUAUUGAAUUCUAUUUUAGCAAUAAUUCAGGAGUGUAAAGUGGAAAAGAUCGUGAUGGACUUCGAAAUGGCUUUGUGGUCAGUAGUCAGGAAAUUAUUUCCAGUUGCAAAGUUGCAAGGCUGUGCAUUUCAUUGGAAUCAGGCAGUCUGGAGGAAGAUUCAGGCGUUAGGAUUGGCGGUUCCAUACUUGAAUCAUCGUCCCACUCAAGAUUACCUAAAACAGUUAAUGGCUCUUCCCUUUCUCCCACAUGAACAUAUUACAUCAAUUAAAGAUUUAACAACGUACAUGAGAGAAACAUGGAUAAGUGGGUUUUGGUCACCAAGUGAAUGGACAGUGUUUGGCCAGAGCAUUCGCACGAAUAAUGAUGUAGAAGGUUAUCAUAGACGUUUGAAUGGUAGUGCAGGCUCUUCCCAUAUUCCUUUUUAUGUGCUGGUUCCCUUACUUUUCAAAGAAGCCAAAAAUGUACAGGUCCAAGUGCGUCUGGUCAAGGACGGAAAAACUUGCUCGUUGUCAGAGACGAAAAUACCGAUCUCUACAGGGACGAAUAUUUUCACUAUGGAACAAGUAUGAACAACAUGACCUCACCACUGACCAAUUAUUAAAAGCAUGUUCCAGGCUAAGCGGACCCAGUGUUUAGUUUGUAAUAUAAUCUUGUUUUUUUUUACUCAGACGCAUACUUUUGUAUACAUAAAUAUUUUAGUAUCAGUAGACUGCCUGAAUUGUUUUUUACUUUUAGACACAUACUUUUGUAUACAGAAAUAUUUUAGUAUCAGUAGACUGCCUGAUAAAGCCAGUCAGCGCUCCCAUGUUGUGGUCAGGGUGUGGUGAGCAUUGUUUGGUUAUUUUUGUUAUUAUAUAUUCUUUCAAGGUUACAUAGUAUUACAUAGUUAUUGUGUAUGUGUAUGACUAUACUGCGUAAUUAUUUAAUAAAAGAGAGAGCCUGUUACUAUAUAUUCUUUCUAGAUAACUUAGUAUAAUUAGUGGGCCGGAGUGACUAGGGUGGUAGGCCGGAGUGACUAGGGUGGUAGGCCGGAGUGACUAGGGUUGGGGGCCGCAGUGACUGAGGGCCGGUGUAACUAGGGGCCGGAGUGACUGUAAACCUUAACCUUAAGUAGGUAUUACAUUGUCUAAGAUAACAUACUUCAUAAAGUAGUUAUAAAAUAAUAAUAAUAAUAAUAAUAAUAAUAUGUAACUUCUUCCAGAUAUCCAAAGAUGAGGAGGAGAAGAACUACACUGCCGAUUUGUUGUACCAGAUGUACUCAGAUCCUGCCAACAAGUUGUACUUGGCUUUUCUGCAGCCUGUGGUGUCCCAGGUCAACCGGGUUAACAAAUUGUUUGAGUCAGACCGGUGCAAUGCCAACAGACUCCUGGAAGAUUUGAUGUCCCUCUACAAGUCCAUUCUCCAGCGACUCAUGAUGCCGCGAACUUUCUGCACGUGGAGAGCUGUGGCAGAUUAUGAUGUGAACGACGAACGGAACCAUCUGCCGCUGGAAGCUGUGGACUUCGGUGUGAAGUUCUACAUCGAACUGGGUCAGAGCAGGUUGGACAGCGGAAUUGUUCACACCGUUAAGAAGCACGGGCGUGACUUCCUGAUGAAGCUUCUUCAGGAGCUGCAGCAAAGGCUUCCAUCAAAUAUUAACCAUCUCCAGAGCUUGGAUGCCCUGACCCCAGAAACCGUUCUCGGAGUGAGGAAACCAAGACUGCAGGAGCUGUCUUUCUUACCAAAAUAUUCGGGGGAUAUUGGUAAGCUCGACGGGCAGUGGCAAAGACUUGCAACUGUCAGCUGGCCAAAAGAUGUGAUAAACGACUCCGAAAAGUUUUGGUUAACUGUUCACAGCCACCAGGACGCCUCAGGGGAGCGGGAUUUUAAGGAGGUAGGGCAGUUUGCUCUGUCCAUGCUUUCGCUGCCCAUUAGCAAUGCCUCUGUUGAACGGGUUUUUUCCCAAAUGAACUUGAUAAAGAAUAAACUUAGGAACAGGAUGCGUCCCCGCUCCCAGAAGCCGCCUGACGCUUUCGCUUGGCGGCAACAGAUGCUUUUGUCGCAAUUUUUGCACAUUUGCGACGUAAAGCCAACGUUCUUCUUUGGCCUAGGCAUUGUCUGCAAUGCCUCCAAGUUGAAGAAAGUGUACACCAAGAAGUAAAAGCCCGAAUAAAGGCAAUCACGGGGGCAACACCAGGUUAAGGAGCACGUAGCUUCUCUCCUUCCACGGCGUCAGCCAGCACUGGGGGGGUAUCGAUCGCCUAGAGGCCAGCCUCCCCCAAACUCCAGUGUUGCCAACUACCUCUUUUAUAUGAAGUGACUUCUACAAAAAAAAAAAAAAACGUAAAAACGAAAAAAUCUAUAAAACAGAGGGAAAACAUGAGUAGUAAUAGCAAAAGUAUUAAAGGGCACGAUAUAAACAAACCACGCCUCCCGGCCAUUUAAUAGUUAAAAAACAUGCUUGGAACCGCAGUACUGCCAUGAAACUUCGUGGUGGUAUUGCCAAGACCUUUGGUGAUUUUUCAGUGCACUUAACAAAUUUUCAUGAAUUUACGGAUUUUUCACUGAAAAUACCGACGGAUGGAAAUUAAACUUCCCUUACAUUUGGGGUUAUACAAGGACACAUUUAUUUAUUUUGCCUUUUCUCAUUGCCCAGUGUCACAGGAAGAGGAGGAGGAGAAAACUGACAGGCAGAUAAAGACUGAUAGAUACAGCCAAACAGAUAGACAGACAGUCUGAUAGAUUAACAGAUGGACUAAGAUAGACAGACUGAUAGAUUUAGAUAAAUGCCACAACUAAAAACACCCACACAAUUAAUUAAGGUAAAUAUUCCAUAAUGAAUUCAUGUUUCCCCUCUCAUUAAUUAAAAAUUCAGUAUGCCUAAGUGUCAUUAAUACCACUAGUAAAAAAUUAAAUAAUGAAUUAAGUCAAUACAUAAAUAAAAUACUAUUAGAAAUUACCGAGUUUAAAUUUAUAUUAACCUAACAACACCUAUUAAUCUAACCUUGGUGAAAUGAGAAAAAAAUUCAGUAGGCCUAGAUGUCAUUGAUCAGUACAAUAAAAUAAAAAAUGAAUUAAAGUUCUUUCAAUUUCCAUGAACCCGAGAAGACGAGGGAUGGUGCAGGAAGACGUUAGGCCUGCACACAACUCCGUGUUAGGCCUACACAUGACUGUCCCUGUAUUAAGUGCCUAACUACUCCCACUCAUCCUUAUCCAUAAACUGAUCCUUUACAGCUCCCUAAUGACCCACCACCAACAACCUCACCUGCAUCCUUCCUGUUGUAACAAGGGACCACAAGUGCACACCAGGUCUGACCGCUGGCAAAUGUAACUAAUUUCUUCAAAACUUGCACACUUUUCAAUAUUAUUUCUUCAAAAGUGGUAAAAGAAAACAUUAAGAACAGGAGCAGCCGCUGGAGGACUAGCAGGAGGAAUACAUAGGAAAGACGUGACAGGAGGCCUUGUGACCUAUGAGGAGCAGCAGCUAGAGGAGGAGAAGGGAGGAGCAGCAGCAGGAUGAAGGAGGAUGAGGGAGGAGGAGGAGUAAAAGAAUUGGUAGGAAUGGACAAUGCAAUGGUGAACAUGUUAUCCCCUGAAUAGGCAUUACAGCGGCGCGCGCACCUAAUCAC